AUGGUUUCAAGGGAGCAGAAGGCAACUUGGGCUGCUGAGCAGAUGACCCUGGCCAAAAUGCGGAUUGAGGAUGACUGCUUGGACUGGAGCUGUGGGAAGAACGGCGGCUUUCCUGGUCUUUCUCGUGUUGGCGGCGUAGACGUCUCAUUCUUUGCGGAUGGUACUUAUGCCAUCGCGGCAGUGGUCGUGCUCAGCUUCCCCAGCCUCAAUGUGCUCUACGAGCGCAGUGCAGCCUUCCGGCUAUCUGUGCCGUACGUCCCAGGCUUCCUUGCCAUGCGUGAGGUGCCUGCGCUGAGCAAAAUGUUCCAAGAUGUGCCAGCGCACGUGAUGCCACAAGUGGUCCUGGUCGAUGGGAACGGGGCCUUCCAUCCACGCGGCUGCGGUGCUGCGACUCACCUGGGCAUUUCGAUCGACCUGCCAACAAUUGGAGUUGCCAAGGACGUGCAGCAAGUGGGCGACGUGAACUCAUCCACAGCAAGGCGCUUAGCAAAAACCCUGCAUCAAUCGGGAGACUGGGGUCCCCUUUGCACAGUCGCAGCCCUGCUCCGAACAAAAGGCAGCCGAUGUCUCGUGGUCAGCCCUGGGCACCGUGUUUGCUUGCGCACCGCGGUGACAUUGACGUCCCAACUUUGCCAAAAGGCAUUGCCAGAGCCUAUCCGACAGGCAGAUUUGCGGAGCCGACAGGCAGUGCGCUCAUGGUAUGCGGGUGUUGAAUUUGAUUAUCUGGUGGCCCCUAGGCUCAGCCACUUGGAACACAUGCUGCAGAUCACAGCCAAGAAUUCCCAGAGUGAUGACAGUCCGGUUGUAAACGUGCAGAGCCGAAGAGGAAGGCAAGUUGCAAAGUGGGUCAUCAAAGAGAAGAGCAAGACCGAAGUGCCGUGCGAAGAAAGUUGUUCCCUCAGGCAUUCUGAACUGGAGACUUCUGAGAGUACCUGGACCAGCCUGCUUUUUGGUUGGAUUUGUGUUUGUUUUACCAGGUGA